CUCGAGGUGCGCCUCGCCCAGAGGGAAAACGAGCACCGCCGCCUCGCGCAGCAGCUGACGCUCUACAAGCAUGGAGCCGCACGCAGUGAUGGCACCACCCGCCGGGCGGCAAAGCGCCGCCCCGCGAGCGCCGGCGCCCCUCCGGCCACGCCGCGCACGGCAUGGGCGCCGCGGACGCCGCCGGCUGCUACGCGGACUCCCAAGAAUGGCGGCGGCGGUGGCGCGGCGAAGGGCCAAAAGCCGCGGCCGGCGGCUGCAUGCAAUGCGCAGCAGACGCCUCCCGAUGGCGUCGGGGACACCGGCGGUGCGGAUCAGGCGGCGGCUGCGGCUGUCGCGGCGGAGGCGGCCAGCACCGCCAUGCCCGAUGGCGAUGGUGACCAGGUGGCGGCGCUGAUUCGGCUGGUUCGCGAGAAGGAUGCGGAGCUGGACGAGCUCCGAGACAAGGCUGCCGCGGCGCCCCUCAGCGGAGCGGCGGGCGCGACGGCGGCGAUCGGCGAGGGCGGGGCGACGGGUGUGCAAGAAACGCUGCACGUGCUUGAGCUGCGGCGCACCGUCAAGGAGCGGACCGCGCAGCUCACUCUCCUCUCGCAGAGAUACGACCACCUCGAAGUGCUCCAGCGCCACAGAGCAUAGGGGCAGCCGCCGUGAGCGGCGUCUCUUCACACAGGGAAGCGUGACUAGGCGCGCUUUGGCGCCGUGCGAUCCA